CUGUUCGAUCCUCGCAACUGCAUUUGGGAAGAGACUGGAACCACUUAAUAUCAGAACUCGUCCCGAACUAUAAACUACUUUCAAUAACCGUACUAUAAGUAAAAAGAAUACGAUGUCGUCCAGCUUUUUGAGGUUGAUAUAACAUUUCCAUAUUUUAGCCAACUGCACUCAAUUCAUUUCCACCUCACCCCUCCUACACCAACCGGAACCAAUCUCCUAGAUUUCAACUUCAAGGUCCUACAAAUAUUUAAUUUUAAUUUUUCUGUAUGAUGACAUGUACUGGUUCCUUCCAUAUAACCGUUACCCCAUUAACUUACCAACACAUCAAUUCAUCAUUAUUAUGUGUAACACUCAAAUCUUAAAUUAAUUUUUUUUUUUCCGUUUUAAAAAGUAAUCCAAAUUCGACCGUUGGUUCCUUCAUCAACAAAACACACGCUCUCACCAUUUACUCCAAACAAACCACUUCAAACUCAACAACAACAACAACAAUGGCAGAACAUUAUGGUUUCACUUCAGAUGAAAUUAUCAUCAACGACAACCUCGGAUACCCAAAAGCCUACGCUAAACUCUGUCGUGACCGUGGUUUCACUCCUUAUAGCCAUGGUCCUCCAUUCACUUUUCUUCCUUAUGCUUUACCCGAAGAUGAGGUUGAAAGAGCAAGUUUUUUGGAUGAAAUGUUUCCAAUUAUUGAUCCAAAAGCUAAGCCAACGACGAAAGCUAAAAUCUUUGUUAGUAUUUUGUGGAGGCAACUAAGCCAUCUUGGGAAUGCUGGUUUUGAUCCCGCAGUGAUUCGAGUAGAUGGAUAUGGUAAUGUCUUGUAUUAUCAUGCCGAUUCAGCUUCUCCUCUUGCUUGGGACAUUGAUCACUGGUUUCCUUGUUCAAGGGGAGGCUUAACUGUUCUAAGCAAUCUAAGGAUAUUACAAAGGCAAGUUUGCAAAAGGAAGAAAAAUAAACUCGAAUUCCUCGUUCCAUGGUGGGAUUUCCAAUUAGGCAUAUCUGUCAAUCAAUUUUUGUCCAUCUUUGCUUCAUCAAACUCAGACUUUAGGCAUAGAGGCUUUUCAUUUUUGUUCUCUGAAGGAGAAAAUCAUGAGUUGCAUGAUACACAAAUAGUGGAUUCUCAUUCAUUUCCACAACACUUCAUUGGUUUGAAAGAAGAAGUAGGACUUGCUCCUGCUGCAAUCGUCGAAUCACGAAGGGAUCCUUAUGAUGCAUUAGCUUUAAGACAAAUUAAUCACAGUAAGAAGACAAGACCUAUGUCUCCUGCAAUAGUGGCUUCAAGAAAAACAAAAGGGAAUGUGCUGAAAGAAAAUGAAGAUCCAAAUUUUGUUAAAAAUUCUUACCAGGCAAUUGUCAUGGCUAGAGAUUCACUAAAGCAAAGAGAAGAAGCUACAAAAAUGCAAGCUGAAAUGGACAAGUUAGAUAAUGAAGUGAGUGAAAUGAAACUCAAGAAUGAAGAAGAAAAGGUUGUUAUUCAAGACCUCGAAAUGGCGCUCAUAAAACGUAAGAGGAAAGCAGAAAAAUGCAGGCGGUUGGCCGAAGCUCAAUCUUCUUACAGGACCAUGCUAGAGAAGAUGAUUAGAGACACCAUGCACCAGAGUGUGAUGUAUAAGGAACAGGUAAGAUUGAACCAGGCUGCAAGUAAUGCACUAAUGGCUAGACUUGAAGCGCAGAGAGCAAUUUGCGAUGCUGCUGAGAAAGACCUUCAUAAGAAGUACAAAAUAAAAGAUGACAUAGAGAAACAGAUUAGGCCUGAAUGGGAGCAAGGAAGGAAGCGGUUCAGAAUAGAUGAUCCUUCCACUUUUGAAGAAGAGAGGUCCAAUAAAGAAGAGAGGUCCAAUAAACAUGUUCUUUAUUUGCCUCAAAAUAGGCCAAGAACACCUUUUCACAAGGAGCUUCGAGUUUUGAUGGAGGAAGAAGAAAUGGAAUUUGAAAAUGAAGAGGAGCUGAACAUUGCAGUGAAUAAUAAUGACACAGAAGAGAAGCUAGAGGAUCAUAGCAAAUCAAUUGUUGCCUUGGAUGAAGAAAACUCAAUUGACCACAAACUUCAUAAGCUAGAAAUUGCCGAAGGGAAGAGAGCUAUUUUUGCCUUGGAUGAAGAAAACUCAAUUGAACACAAACUUCAUAAGCUAGAAAUAUCCGAAGGGAAGAGAACUGUUGGCAUUUCAUUUGGCGGUUUGCAUGAGAACAAAGUUGACGAAGACGAAGAAACCAGGAACCGGCGAGGUAAAGGGAAUGUUGAAAAGUGGCUUGAAAUGCUUUUAGAGAAUGGUCAAGGAGAAGAAGGAAAAGAUUUACAAGAAACAAAUGAAAGUGCUUCUGAUGAUAGGACAGAAGAUAUAAUCCAACAACUGAAUCAGAAGUUUCCACAAAAGGAGUUGAAGGUCUCAAAAGUUUCAGAUUCUGAUUUUGAUAAAAUGAAGAAGGAGCUGCAAGUCCUUAAAGACAAUAACUGUCGGAUAGAGAAAGAAGAUGAUAAAAUAGAGAAUGAUGAUGCUACUGGAUAUAAAAAUUCCUCUGCAGAAGAAGUAGGGGAAACAAAUGGUAGAAAAAUUGAUAAAACUUGGAAAGUAGAACAACAAAAGUUGGGAAAAAAACUUGUUAGAUCAGAGAGUGCAAAGGUCUUGAGACGAAUCCCGUCAUCUCCAUCUUUGUUUCAAGGGAUGAAGUCAUCCAUCAAAGUUAUCAAGAAAGCAGUGAAACUAUGAACAUUUGAGGCGGCUCUGCAGAAGUCGUCGGCUUUUUAUGCUUCUUGACCUUUUACAAUUCGAGUGAUGCUAGCUGAAUAAGUGAGUGACAAUUUAUCAUGAUAAAAAAAAAAUUUGUGUGCAAAAUAUAGGUUUGAUUCUAUUAUUUCAUUUGUUUAUAAGAUUUUUUAGCUGAUAACAGCUUGUUGUUUUUGGCUGCAAUAAUUAGGUUUCUGUUUCUUUGAAUUUUCUGUAAGCACUUACUUUUCUGCUAGAAAUUGUGUGAAAAUGAUGUAUGAAUAUUUCUGCUAGAAUCUGCUAUAUUAAUUUCCUUAUUCAUAAUUCCCUUCAUCAAA